AUGUAUUCUGGGCUGCGCUGCUUCCAUCCUCUUCUCGUGUGCGUCUUGAUGGUGGUUGCUUUGUGCUCUCGAGUACCCAGACCCGGUGACAGUGUGUGUUGGUCGUCAAGCCUCAGUUCUUGUUCUGAAUGCCUCAAACGUGGACCACAGUGCGCCUGGUGCUUCAAAGAGGACUUUCUAGAAGGCGCAGCCUCCAGCUCUCGCUGUGAUGAGGCCGAACACCUGCGUUUGAAAGGCUGUGAACAAGAGUUUAUAGAGCAGUCUGAGACCAAAGUAGAAGUGGACGCAACAAGCAGCAGCACUCAAGUGUCACCUGAGGAGACCAGCGUCCACCUGGGCCCAGGCUCACAGGCCAGUGUCAUGGUGGCUGUAAAGCAGCUUGAGCGUUACCCUGUGGAUCUGUACUUUCUGGUGGAUGUGUCAGCGUCAAUGCAGGAAAACCUGGAUCAUUUGAAGACAGUAGGUGUUGCCCUUUCCCUCCGGAUGACACAGCACUCCUCAGACCUUUGGCUUGGCUUUGGCUCUUUUGUGGAUAAACCAGUUUCUCCGUACAUCAACGUUCAUCCCUCUAAAUUAAACAACCCCUGCAGUGAUUACGAGGUCCGCUGCCGGCCCGCUCACGGCUUCCAUCACGUGCUGAGUAUGACCGGGAACAUGAGUGAAUUUACUCGUGUGAUCAAACGGCAGCGUAUAUCUGGGAACAUGGACACACCAGAGGGAGGGCUGGAUGCAAUGCUGCAAGCUGCUGUCUGCCAGAAAGCUGUGGGUUGGCGACCUGAAGCGAAGCGUUUGUUGCUCUUGAUGACUGACCAGCCCUCUCACCUGGCUCUGGACAGCAGGCUGGCUGGUAUCGUGACACCCAACGACGGACUGUGUCACCUGGAGAACGAUAUCUACACCGCCAGCACAGAGAUGGACCACCCCAGUUUGGGCCAGCUGUCUGACAAGCUGCUUGAAAAUUAUAUUUAUUCUAUUUUUGCUGUAGAAAAGCAACAAUACCAGUGGUACGAGGAAUUGGUUCGCUUGCUGCCAGGGACGUAUAUGGGAAAGCUCGGACUAUUCCAGGCAUCCAACCUCAUUGAGCUGGUGGUGGAUGCAUACAAGAAGCUAGUGUCCGAGGUGACCGUGUCAGUGUCCUUGGACGACCGAGCAUCCAGCAGGUUCUGGGUGUCUGUGUCUCCCCUCUGUCCAAACGCCUCCAUCGCAAACAACCAGAGCUGCUCCGGGGUGCAGCCGGGGCAGACGGUUUACUUUAACGUCACUGUUGGAAUGCAUAGUUGUCCUGACAACGGUGUGGACGAAGACGUAUCGGUGACAGUGCGCCCUGUGGGUUACAAUGAGUCCAGUGUGAUCAGGAUCCACUCAAACUGCAAAUGUCGCUGCGAAUCCACCGGACACUGCCUCAACAGUCCCCAGUCGGAUUGUGAAGAGACAGACCAAGACCUGAGGGACCCAAACCUGAGCUGCCAAUCUCCCGGCUCUGAGCUGGUCUGCAGUGGGCGUGGAGUUUGUGAGUGCGGGAGGUGUGUGUGUGACCAGAGCCGACUGGGCACUGUCUACGGGAAAUACUGCGAGAAAGACGACUUCUCAUGCCCCUACUUCAGAGGGCUGAUGUGUGGAGGGAAUGGGGUCUGCAUCCUUGCAGACGGCUCCCUGUGCAGUGGUCUGGGAGAGUGUGUCUGUGGCAGGUGUGUGUGCCGAGACUCCAGACGCUCUGGAAGAUUCUGUGAGAGAUGUCCUGCCUGCCAGAGCACCUGCCAGUCAAACAUGAACUGUGUGGUCUGCCAUGUUGCCCACGGCCUGAAGAAAGAAGGGGCUCAGUGCAAUAAGACAUGCACCGCUUCAGUCCACUACACAGAGAAUGGUCAAACAGGGGAUGCGUGGGUCCAGUGCAUGUACCUCAGUAUUAACUGCCGCUAUCUAUUUCAAAUAACGACAGAGGCCGGACAGGCUGAGCUCCACAUUAACACAAGGGCAGAGUGUCCCAGCAGUAGUCAAGUGGGAACCUUCCUGAGUGUCUGUGCUCUGACUGUAUUGUGCGGGCUGGUGGUCGUAGCUGUGUCUCGACUGCUGCUUCAGAAAAGGCAUCGGCCACCAGGGGGCACUGCUGUCGAGGGAGUCUACAACUGUACUGACAAGGAUCUUUCUUACAUUCCGAAAACUAAUGAGAAGACUGUGACCUACAGACGGGACAGACCCCCAGAUCGUCCCGUGGAGAUGCACAUCCAGGUCCCCAAAAUGGCCUUUAAUGACCCCUGGCAGUAA